AUGGUUCCUCUCUCUGUUUCUCUCCCUCACUCCUGUCUCUCACCUUUCUUCACCCUUUCUCUUUCCUUUUCUUUCACUACAAGUAUUUGUAAAUCUUCCUCUUUGAUUCUUCUUUUUAUCUAUACUUGUAGUGAUAAGAGCAUUUUCCACAGACAAAUAGUUCAUCGAACAGUCGAUUCACUACUUAGUGCAACAAGUGGGUUUACAAACUACCGAGGACUUUUGAAUCUCUGUGUCUUACUCUUGGGUAUAUCUAACACAAGACUUGUUUUGGAGAACCUUAUUAAUUAUGGAAUCCUGAUUGAUCCUGUGGCUUAUUUGCAAAUGUUCAUUCAAAAUCCUCACAGUUGGCCUAACCUGUGCCUCCUUAUGGCUCUGGAAGUUUUUAUUUUAGUCGCAUUUAAAAUUGAAUUACUUCUUUCAAAGGGUCAGCUCGCUGAUAAGCCUGGUCAAUGGUUGCACACAUCUAACUUACUGGCUCUUCUUGUUGUUCCUGCCAUUGUUAUUCUUUAUAUUCAUCCAAAUCCUGUAUUUUCUGCAGCCACGCUGGGAAUUUAUACCAUUGUCUUCUUAAAAUUGAUGUCUUAUGCCAGCGUCAACUGUUGGUGCCGAGAUCAGUAUAAGAAGGAACCUCAUUUAAAACGUCACAAAUCAUUUAGCUGUGGAGAAGGGAAACAAUCAUACAUAGCUGACAAAUGUAGUUUCCAGUUUGUAACUUACCCUAAAAAUUUGAAUCUCCAAGAUCUGCACUACUUCAUGUUUGCACCCACCUUGUGCUAUGAGCUCAACUUCCCACGUAGUUCCAGAAUCAGAAAAUCUUUUCUCUUUAAAAGAUUUGUAGAAAUGUUAUUUUUAUGGCAAGUUAUACUUGCCCUUAUCCAACAGUGGUUGGAACCAAUCAUCAAAAACUCCAUGAAGCCAUUGUCUGAGAUGGAUGUGAAGCGGUCUAUUGAAAGACUUCUCAAGUUAGCUAUUCCCAAUCACAUUAUCUGGUUGAUUGCUUUCUACUGGUUUUUCCAUUCCUGCCUUAAUGUAGUGGCCGAAAUUCUACAGUUUGGAGAUCGUGAAUUCUACAGAGACUGGUGGAAUUCAGAAUCUGUUGGUUACUUCUGGAAAAAUUGGAAUAUUCCUGUCCAUAAGUGGGCUAGCAGACAUUUGUAUAAGCCAUUGAUGAAGAGAGGCUACAAGAAAUUCACGGCAUCUUGUUUAGUAUUUAUACUAUCAGCAUUUUUCCAUGAAUACCUUGUCAGUGUCCCUUUAAGGAUGUUCAGGUGGUGGGCAUUUUUAGGAAUGUGCCUUCAGAUUCCGCUUGCUAUGGUUGUUGAUACAUACCUUCAUGGAAAAUUUGCUAAUAUGGCUGUGUGGCUCUCUCUUAUUUUAGGCCAACCAAUUGCUAUUUUAGCCUACAUGCAUGACUAUUAUGUGAUGAGAUCCUUACCGAUAAAUAUAUAUAUUUAUUUUAUUUUAUCUGUCUCUUUUUUCCCCAAUAUUCUAUCUAUCUAUCUAUCUAUCUAUCUAUCUAUCUAUCUAUCUAUCUAUCUAUCUAUCUAUCUACACGAAGCGAUAUCUUUGCGUUCACUUUUCCUACGAUUUCUUCUUUCCGCAGCAAAUUCUUCUUUUGUUGCCCAUUUUGCUCCGUUCUUAAAAAUUUCUGCCUGA